CGGAGAGGGCGGGGUCCUGGCGGCGGCCGCAGGAAUGUGCUGGAAGCCAGCGGGCGGGCAGCCGGAGGUGCUGAAGGGACAGUUCCCGCCGCCGAACUUGCCGGGCGGCCGUGGGGAGGGUGGGGCGGCCCCGGAGCGCGCGGGGCCCGCCGCGAUGGAGACCAUUUGGAUCUACCAGUUCCGCCUCAUCGUGAUUGGGGACUCCACGGUGGGCAAGUCGUGCCUCCUGCACCGCUUCACCCAGGGCCGCUUCCCGGGGCUGCGCUCCCCCGCCUGCGACCCCACCGUCGGCGUGGACUUCUUCUCCCGCCUGCUGGAGAUCGAGCCGGGCAAGCGGAUCAAGCUGCAGCUCUGGGACACGGCGGGGCAGGAGCGCUUCAGAUCAAUAACUCGAUCUUAUUACCGCAACUCAGUUGGUGGAUUUUUAGUAUUUGACAUUACUAACCGACGAUCUUUUGAACAUGUGAAAGAUUGGCUGGAAGAAGCAAAAAUGCACGUGCAGCCAUUUCGGAUUGUAUUUUUGCUAGUGGGACACAAAUGCGACUUAGCUUCAAUACGUCAAGUUACAAGGGAAGAAGCUGAAAAGCUGUCAGCGGACUGUGGUAUGAAGUAUAUAGAAACCUCCGCAAAAGAUGCUACCAAUGUUGAGGAAUCCUUCACUAUCUUGACAAGAGACAUCUAUGACCUUAUCAAAAGGGGAGAGAUUUGUAUUCAGGAUGGCUGGGAAGGGGUGAAAAGUGGUUUUGUUCCAAAUACUGUGCAUUCUUCUGAGGAAGCAGUGAAGCCCAGGACAGAGUGCUUCUGCUGACUUCAGACAUGCAAAGCACCGUCAAGAACAGGUGGACGUCCUUCCAGGACAGAGACCACCAUCAGCACUGUUUUGUAAGGUGUUUGAUCCAGAGCACUGUGCUUUCAUGUUACACUACAAGACUCGGUGUUUUGCUAAAAUAUCAGGCAAAGCAGACAACUUUUUCUUGAAACUAUCAAAUUACCCCCUUUCCUACUUUGUUAGCUUAUAGCUGAACGAAUGUCCAAAUAUGUCAAUAUUACUCAUUUUUCUUGACAGUUUGAAAUGGGGUUUUUGUCUGAUUGAAAAGAUUUUAUCAGGAAUUAUGUUCUCUUGUUCAUUUACUAAUAUUGAAUAGUAAAGUGAUUUAAAAGUGCACUGUUCACUUACAAAUUAAACAAUCUCAGAGUUAUCAACUAGACUAAAAUAGCAGUUCCUUAUUUAAGGUACAGUACCAGGUUUUUUAAACAUUUAAAAUAUUUAUCUUCCCUUAAUUUUGCAUAAACAUAAAAAAUAAGUUUUAUACUUUUUUGUUCUCUGAUUUAUUGCUCCUGAAAAGUUUAUGUUUUAUGAAGCUAUAUAAGGAUCCAAGCAAAAUACUGCAUUGCAAAUAUUUAUAAAGAUAAAAACAAAGGACCACUUGUCAGCGACUGUUUUGAUGUUAUAGCAUACUGUUUUAGACAAUAAAAAGAAAUGUAUUUCUGUACUGACAUUUUCAAAAAAGUAAAUGCAAUUUACCUUGAACUAUUGUCAAAAUUACCAUAUUUUCCCGUGUAUAAGACGCCCCCAUGUAUAAAAUGCCCUCCACUUUUCCAACCCCAAAUUAAGAAAUCAAUAUUUUAAACAUUUUGCUGGUUUUCCUCAUAAGGCCUUCUUCUUUUUUGGCAUCUUAAGGAGUUGUUCUUUUUGUUUUCUCCACUGUCUGAUCAUACACUCAGUGGCUGGAGGUCCAAAUUGUCUCUCUGCAGCUCUAUUUCCAUGCACUUUUGCAUAGCUGAUUUCAUUUGAAUUUUGCAGAGUAAGACAAUCGCUUACCGGUAUUUAUCGUUUUGUUUUCUGACAUCUUUAUGGGCUCAGAAUGCUCUGGUCCCUGUUGCAUCUGCACACUCUCCCCCUCCACCUCCAAUUAUGGCAUCAGCUGACAUCGGUAACAAUAAGGUUUUUGUGAAUGGAGGAAGCAUGUUUGACAAGGUAUGGGCAGCUACGCACUUGCAGGCUCCCUCCUUGGCUGACUUCCAUGUAUAAGACGACCCUCAAUUUUCAGUCUAACAAUUUUAGAAAAAUAUAGCAUCUUAUACAUGGAAAAAUACGGUAUCAAUAUAGGUAAAUAUAGAAUGUUUUUAGUAACAGCUUUUUUGUCCAAGUAAGUUUCUAAAUUUCCCCAUUUCCAAUACAAGUGUAGGAAAGAUUUUUCUGGUUAGAUGUUAGAUACAUUUAGCACUCAAGUUAUAUUUUACAUCUCACCAGUAAAAGUAAAGAUAAAAUAAUGAGUUAAGUCUGCAAAAUGACUUUUGAGUUUCCUAAUUUUGAACUUACUGGUUAAAUUCCCCUCCUGGAAGGAACAUUUUGAUGACAAUCUCAAAUAUUUUAUAGCAUACAUUUCUAUUCUGUUCUGUAAACCAUUCCUAUCACAGAGUGGCACCAUGACGUUGACUUUUUGGAACCAUGAGGUUUUUACUGUUAAACUGUAGUAGCUUCAUUUUGUUUGAAAACCAAAGUGGUAUGGUGGAAAGAAUAUUUAAGGGGGAAUCAAAAAACCUGGGUUCUAAGCUUGCUUUUACUGUACUUUGUCACUUAACCUCUCUAAGCAUCCGUUUUCUCACCUGUAAAUUGAAGCUGAUGACCCAUUUAUGGAAUUACUUUGAGAAUCAACUGAAUCGUGUGAAAAAGCUUUGUAAGUAGAGAAAGCAGAAUGCAAAUGUGGGACUGGUGUCAGCUGCUCAUGGGCAUGCUGUUCUAUUUACAAUGGAUAAGAAUGUGGUUUUCUCAUAUUCUUUCCCUGCAGAGAGAAAGCAGAGGAGGUGCGUGUUCUCAUGGACCUGGGGGAAUUCUUGGUUUGAUGAGUACCCUCUGCCCUCUUAUCCUGAAGCACCACUCCUCCAAAGAGCAAAUGCUAGAAAGGGAAAUCCCAGGAGACUUAAUUGAAGCAAAAGUCAUAUUGGAAUCUAGUUUUUGCGCAUCUUCAAGGUAGAUAUUAUAUUUUUAAAUACAUGUACAUUUUCUAGGUUCAUGUAAGUAUUUUUAAUAGUGCUUAUGGAGAGAAAAAUAUAAAUUAUAACAUCACUAUAUAAUUUUUGAAUAUUUAUAUUGUCAACAUUUUCUUGAUAGCCUUAGAUUAAUUUCAUGUGAGUUCACACUAUAAUUGACCAGAUAAGAAAAUACCUGUCCCCCAAAAUGUGAAGUAAUCUAUUUUUACUGUUAAAAAUUUAAAUCUUAUAAUUUUUCAUCAGUCCUAAAUGGCAUAAACUCAAAAAGUGAAUAUCUAACAAAAGGUGAAUAAAGCUAAACACCUAAAAUAUAAAAUGUGA